AUGGCUGAUGUUGAUCGAGCAUUCGUGGAGAGAGUCACCGCUCUGUAUUUGCUCUGGAGAGCAGAACAGCGGCGUAUGGGUCGUCGUCGCCGUACUUGGGUCCACCAGACCCUCCGGAGGCGUUCCCAGUUCGGCGAAUUUCAUCAUUUGCUCCAGGAGCUGCGCCUGGAUGACGGCCGCUUUCAGCGGUACUUCCGCUUGUCCCGCGCCCAGUUUGAUGACCUGUUGUCCCGCAUCGGAGCGAGGAUCACCCUUCAGGACACCAACUACAGGCGCUCUAUCCCAGCUGCGGAGCGCCUGUCCAUCUGUCUUCGGUUUCUUGCCACAGGGGACUCAUUCAGGACCAUAGCGUCCAGCUUCAGGGUUGGUGUCUCAACAGUGAGCCAGAUCGUCCACCAGGUUGUGACUGCAAUCUGGGACUGUCUUGUGGAGGAGUACAUGGCUGUGCCCACCACUGAUGACUGGAAGUCCAUCGCAGAAGGAUUCCAGGAGUGGUGGAACUACCCUCUAUGCUGUGGAGCGGUGGAUGGGAAGCACGUGGUAAUGAAGGCACCCCCAACUCAGGAUCCCAGUUCCACAACUACAAGGGAACAUUCUCCAUCGUUCUCCUUGCAGUUGUGGAUGCGAGGUAUCGCUUCCGGUUGA